AUGUGUCCAGCCAUAAAUCCAGAUUUGUCAUUUCCGAGUAUCAAAUCAAAUCAUGGGGUAGCGUUGUUGGACCGAUUGACGAAGAGUGUACUUGGAAUUCCUGCUCCUGAAACUGAGUUAAAACCUCAAAAGUUAAAAGAACAUUUUGAGGGUGCGUUGUACGAACUGUUUUUACUCAAGUCAAGGCUGCAAGAAAAAUGUUCCCAGAUGGAGGUAAAAUGUCGAGAGGAUGAGCGAUCAUUUCAUUAUGCUAUCGAAAGGUUAAAAAAGGAUUUAACUGAUCUUAGUCAGCAAUUCUGCAAGUUAGAUACUGAAGUUCAUAUGGUAUCUGGAAAGUUGGUCCAUUUAGGCGACCAGUUAGAAAGAAAAAACUUGCCAAGAAAGCGAAUCGAAGAGGCACGUGAUUUGAUACUUGAAUUUUAUAAAUUCUGGGGUUUUGGCGGAGGAAGUGUCACCAAUGUAGUAAGCGCUCAAUCGGAUGAAGCUCAGCUACUUGAGGCCGCUACUCGGUUCAAAAAUCUGAGUUCGUUGUGCUUGGAGUUACCGGAUGAUGAACGUUUCUUAAAUGCAAAACAAAGAGUAACAGUCGCCUGUCAACACUUGGAUACAGCUUUACUUGAACGAUUUAGAGCAAAUUUCCUUACAGGCAAUAUUGAGACAAUGAAGAGCAUAGCAGAUGUACUUCUUCUUUCCAAAAACUACUCUCAAUGUGCUGAGAUCUUGGUUGAAGAAACAGUAAAGACAAUAGAUCCCAAACAGAUUCAUUUUAAAGAUAUUACAAGGUGCUUGGUUUCGAGUGAAAAGCUAAUUAUGACCUUAUUUUUACGACCAGAUUCAGUUCUGAUGCAACUAAUGCAUAGUCUUUUCACAACAAAAUUAAAAGUAUACCUGAGUAAUCAUAUGAAGGAAGAAUUGAAUGCACAGGCAUUUUUAACUAAUUUGUACAAUGAAUAUCGAAACGUUGAGAAAUUGGUUGUUGAGUUAGCUAAUGAGUUAACCUUGAUUACGGAUCCAAUGCAACUGUCCAAAUUAUUUCGGGAAUUAUUUGCUCCAUAUUUAGUCGAUUAUAUGAAACGAGAAUCUGACUGGUUAACUGAACGCUUAACAGGUCAUCUUGAACAUUAUUAUCAAAGUCAAAGGCAUCAAAAACGUGCGCUAAAUGUUUCUGGCUUGGCUGAAUUUCGACGAGACCUCCAAGCAAAGUUUCAUAUCACUGGUGGUGAUCGAUCACAAAAUGACUACGAUGUAUCGUUGUUAUCAGAAGAAGUCGCUGUUAAUAUUAUUGAGGAUAUUCGGCGUGCUGCCAAACGAUGCUUGCUGUUAUCCCAACCUACUGCUAUUCCAGACAAUGGCAAAUUCAUAUUUAAUUGUUUGUAUCACUAUCUAAUUGUUGAACACGUGGAUUAUGGUGUUACUUUAGGUUUGCACGGUUUGAAUAUAGCCGAUCCUCGAAAUAACAAUCCAAACCUAGUCUUCUUCUCCAUAAUUCACGAAGCCACAUCCAUUUUUCACUUUUUUGAGAAAACAGUUGAUGAGUCCAUUUUACCAAUGAUUAUUACAAACCCGUCAUAUGCAAGUGAAGUAUCUGUCAAACGUAACGAAUUGAAACAAGAUUUGGAAGUCAAAUUCUGUACUGGCUUAGAAAAGUGUCUAAAUCUGGCUAUUUCUCGUGUCCAAUAUCUAUUAUCCAGUGAACAGCGAAAAACUGAUUUUCGCCCAGAUAUAAAUGCUAACUCAGGAAUAAUUGCCGGUAAUCCACCAUCGCUUGCAUGUCAACAUGUGGUUGCUUUCGUAACCCACAUCAACCGUGAGACUCAUCAACACCUAGAUGGUCAAAAUUUAAAAACAUUUCUACAUGAAUUUGGGAUGAAACUAAAUCGCACAUUGGUAGAUCAUUUUUAUAACUUUACCUUCUCUGACACAGGUGGAUUUGUUGCAAUGCAAGAUGUAACCGCCUACCGAGAAACCGCAAAGCAUUUUGAGAGUCCAACUGUUAAUGUUGUUUUCGAUGUACUGUUUAAGCUGAUGAAUCUCAUGUUGAUUAAGCCAGAAAACGUACAACAAGUUGUUCAAGAUUAUUUGCAGUCAGGAAUGCCAAGAGAUUUGUUGAUGAACUUCAUUCAACUCAGAACAGAUUAUAAGUCAGCGAAGCUACAAAAUGUGAUACAGUUCAAAUCAACAAGAUAA